CACACAGGAAAAAUGAAUAACACCUGCCUCUGCUCAACGUGAGAAAACCGCUGUCUCUGCAGUUCGCAUAAAAUGACACGCUCAAGACUCUCUGCUCUCAUCCUAACCAUCUGCUUUACAGGUCUUGUCAACGGAGAGAGAUUUCCAAAACUGUCUGUGCGGCAAAGACCUCAUAUAACAGCUAAAGAAGGCGCAAAUGUCAGCAUCACCUGUUACAUUGAAGCUGAUUCACAAGUGGAAAAAAUUGCGGUUAAAUGGUUGCUAGACAAUCAAACUAUAGCUAAGGAAGAAAUGUUUAACACAUCCACCUAUCGAUCACCAAGUGGAUCUGUGUUAAUUAACACAACGCUGAACCUGCUGUCAGUAAAAUCAAAUCAUAGUUAUGUGUAUUACUGCAAAGCACAUGGGAAUUUACCUUUACUUGUACCUGAUGAGUAUGGAAAUGGGACGCAUGUAUAUGUGGUGCCUGAUUUAACGACUACGAUGACAACUCCCGCACCAGAUCCUGCAAACCCCUUCAGACACACAGUGAUGUGGUCUCUGCUUUCAGCCUUAGGUUUUGCCCUUCUGGUCAUCUGCCUUACUUGUUUAAUUCACAUACAUUUUAAAGGACACAGCAAAACAAAACAUGCAGCAACAGAUGCUCUAAUUGCCGCUAGUAGUGGAUCACCCUGUUUUGAUGCUAAUGAAGACGUUGUUUAUGCAGCAUUAAACAUUCCUCAAGACAGUGUGAAAUCAAGAAAUGAGAUCUGUGCUGCUCCGGAUCUUUCUUCAGUAAGCUACACAGAGGAUUCAGUGACAUACUCUGAGGUCCACAUCAAGUAAAGACCAGAGGAUGAAGAUUGAUCACCUUUUGACUGAAUUUUAUUCAUUCUAUAAUCUCUUUUACCCUGCGCAUGGGACAGGGUGCCACUGAGAGACUUCUCUUGCCCUGUAUGACACUGAUUUGUAAAGGUAUGUUAGUAAAUAAGUUUUUGUAUCUUCAUGUACUGAUGAAGAUGGAAUUGUUAAAUCUUGGGAACUCACAUUUAAGAUGUUUUUGUUGUUGUUGUUGUA